GUUGUACUUUAUUAAUCUGGAAUUCAGGACUUUUAGAAGUCGAUUAAGUUAUCUAAGAUUUGUAACAAUUUCAGAAAAUAAUAAUCAGGUGAAGAUUAUGAUUAUACAAUGUUCAUCAAAAUACUGCAUUACAGCAAAAUCAUCACGUGGUCGAAGUCGAUAUUUUGAAAUCCUGUUUAGGGAAAAUUUGUGAAAAAAAAAUAACUGAGGAAAAAUACAUCACCGAAGCAUUAAGUCAAAUCAGCAUACAGCAGAGGUUAGCUUGUAAUAUUGAGUAUAAAAACAAUACGAAGUUGUCACACCGUCGAAGUUAUUCGAUAUAUUUUGUUAUAUUAUACCAGACUGAGAAUCGUUUCAAAACUGGAUAACUACUCUUAUGCGAUUGGUUUUGAAGAACAUCAUACCAGAUAAUAUGUAUAAGCUUUAUUUGUAAAACUGUAAAAUAAAGCAGUGACAGAAAUACUGUUUUGUGGGGAAAUACCACUUCGUAUUGAAUUAAUGGUGUACAGUACCGCGGUAUCAAGAAUACCCUUUAACGAGACUGUUUUGUGGGGAAAUACCACUUCGUAUUGAAUUAAUGGUGUACAGUACCGCGGUAUCAAGAAUACCCUUUAACGAGGAUACGACCCCGGAUUUAAGUAAUAAUUUCUUAGUAACAAGAAAACCCCUGAGCGAAAAAUAUACUAUGAAAUUGAAGUCAUGAUGUACAGUUGUGAAAUCUUGUGAUACGUUAUCGACAGUAAGAUAGUUUUGUGAAUCAUGUUAUACUUUUUGGUUUAGUAAGCUGGCAUCAUCAAAGUGACAAGCCUUAGAAAAUGGUCAGACAGUCGUUGCUCCAGGAAAGUGUGACGUUUAAUAUGGUUUUUAAAGAAUUAACUGUACAUAGAACUUGGUAUCAAGAUGCUUCUAGCCUGCUUUGGCUUGUUGUUUGGAUAACUGUUUUGUCACCAGUCGUCCCUAUGGCGUCUGAAUCCAAAAGGAUCGUCUCCUCUGAUCACGUUCAUGAGUUCAGCUGUGGCCACCUCUAUUACAGAACUCUGUACCUCGACGCCAGAAGGGAUGUGAUGUACGUGGGCGCCAUGGACAAAGUCUUCCGCAUGAACUUAAGCAAUAUUAACAGAACUCGUUGUGAGGUGGACGCCCUGACUCUAGAACCGUCGAAUGUGGCAAAUUGUGUAUCUAAGGGAAAGUCUGAGCAUUAUGACUGUAGAAACCAUAUCAGGGUUAUUCAACCUGUGGAAGGUGGAAAGCUGUACAUAUGUGGAACAAAUGCUCACAACCCAAUGGACUGGGUCAUCCAUACAAAUCUUUCCCACUUAGGAAAUUACCAGUCCCUUCCAGGGAUAGGAAAUGGAAUUGCUAAAUGUCCCUUUGACCCUGAUGAUAAUGCUACAGCUGUUUGGGUUGAACAAGGAAAUCCAGGGGGAUUGCCUGGACUGUACAGUGGCACUGUGGCUGAGUUUAGUAGAGCUGAUACAGUCAUUUUCCGGACUGAUCUUUAUGAUUUAUCUACGGGCAAAAAAGUUCAUCGUUACAAAAGGACCAUCAAAUAUGAUUCUAAGUGGCUUGACAAACCUCAGUUUGUUGGCUCUUACAACAUUGGAGAUUAUGUUUAUUUCUUCUUCAGAGAAAAUGCUAUUGAAUUCAUCAACUGUGGAAAGAACAUUUUCUCUCGUGUAGCAAGAGUUUGUAAAAAAGAUACGGGUGGGAAAAAUAUAUUGAACAACAACUGGGCAUCUUUCUUGAAGGCUCGUUUCAAUUGUUCAAUACCAGGAGAAUUUCCUUUCUAUUUCAAUGAAAUACAAAGCAUCUACAAACUUCCAGAUGAUGAUAGCAGAUUCUACGCUGUCUUCACAACAUCUAUGAAUGGGCUAAUGGGGUCAGCCAUAUGCACCUUUAGCCUGGAGUCCAUACAGGAAGUUUUCAACGGAAAGUUCAAGGAACAGGCCACAUCCUUCUCAGCUUGGUUGCCAGUAUUGACCAGUAAAGUACCAGAACCUCGUCCGGGGCUGUGUGUCAAUGACACCCAGACUCUUCCAGACUCUGUCUUGACCUUCAUUCAAGGCCAUCCUCUCAUGGAUUCUGCUGUUGCCCAUGACAAUGGAAAACCAGUAUUCUACAAGCGUGAUGUUAUUUUGACCAGUUUAGUGGUAAACAAGCUGGAAGUGGAUGGAGUCUCCUAUACUAUCUAUUAUGCUGGCUCUACAAAAGGUCUUAUCUAUAAACUUGUGGAGUGGUAUGAUAGAACUAAAAAGGCACAUUUUAAUUUGGUGGAUAUUUUUGAAGCCACAUCUCCAGAAUCUGUACAAGCUAUGGAGAUAUCUAGCAAGCACAACUCCCUUUAUGUAGCAUCAGACAGCUUUAUUCGUCAGUUUGCUUUGGUAAUGUGCAAGGGUCACUAUGGUAACUGUUUACAGUGUACACAAGACCCAUACUGUGGCUGGGACAAAGAACGUGGUGAAUGUCGUCCGUACGUGAGAGGCUUGUUACAGGAUAUAACCAGUGCUACACCUCAGAUAUGUGAAAACUGUGAAAAAAAAAAAGUGCAACAUGCAUAUUGGGGUCAAAGUGUUCACCUAGGCUGUACAAUAUUCUCCAAUGAGAUUGAUAAACUAGGCUUAGGACAACUUCAGUGGGUUCAUCAUAGUCAUGAGAAAGGAAUUCGAUUGAUUAAACCCCACCGAGAUAAGUACCUUCUUACUUCAGACCAUGGGCUGGUCAUUAUGUCAGUGACUGACCGUGACAGUGGUCGCUAUGUCUGUAAACUAGGCGACAAUAUUUUGUGUAACUACACUGUGACAGUGGAUUCAAAAACCUGCAGUGCUCCAUCAGAAAACGAUUACAAGAAAAUUUACUCUGAUUGGUGUCAUGAGUUUGAGAAAUACAAAAUGGCUAUGAAAACAUGGCAAAAUAAGCAAGCUAAAUGUCAAGGAACACACCCAAAUGAUGUGACCUAUCAAAGAAGCCCAUCUCUGUGAAGAAAGUCUUGGUUUGUUAGUGUGUUGUACCUAGGAGCUGGGGUGGCAGUUUCAGGGUGUGGUAUCGUCUCUAACUAGUAUUUGUUAUUUUAUAAAGUAUACUUGUGCUUCAAACUUUUCUAGAACAUAGUUUCACAGUCUUUUCUGUAAAUUUCUCAUGGUUCUUAAUCAGAGAAAGAAGAAUGAUGACCUUAUAAGAUUUAUUAACGCAGUAAGUUUGGUCGGGGGGAGAGGAAAAACAAUGACAUAGUUACCAACAUACAUGGGUGAAUAUGCAGUAGAUUUAGUCCAUCAGGAAAAGCAAGAUGUAGAUAUCAUCUUCUUCAUGGUGUAGUUAACGUCUUUUCCAUGGAUAUGUAUUAGUGUUGAAUCUUCAGAGAAAGUAACAUGAAGAUAAUAUUGUUUGCAUUUAGGUAUAUUAGUGUUGUAUCAAAAAGAAACUUGAGUUAUAGUAUCAACUAUUCAGUGGAGUAAUUGUAGUGUUAGAUCAUCUGACUGUAAUUUCAUACUCUUAGUAACUUACAAGUUGUAGAAAUAGGAUGUAGGUAUCAAUUUCUUAAUAACUUCGACAAUGUUGUGUCAGUAAUAAAACUUAAAAGAGUAUAGUUCUACAUGGAAUUACAAUAAUGUCAUGUUGGUAAAGAAAACAGGUAUCCAACAUGUUAUUCUCCUUUGUUUUUUUAUAAGUAUCAACCAGAGCAAAAUUUUAACAACCAUCUUUUCAUUGUGCUUUUAUGAAUAUUUUAUCAAAAUGAUUUAAAAACAACUGAACUUUUAAAUUCCUUGAUAUUAUAUUAUGAACAUAGAUAAUUAGGCUAUACUAGUAGGCUUCAUAAUGGUUCCAGCAUUAUUCUAUCUUUGUUAAUAAUAUGACAGUGUUGACUUCAUGACAAACAUAGAAUAUGCACAUUGAUGAAGCUCAAAGAAAUGACAUGAAAUUGACAGGUUGUCAAUCACCAAAGAACUUAGUGUACUGCAAAUUAAAAGAAAAAGGUUUUAAUGUUACAUAUAGAUUGUCAAGACAAAAAAAAACUGUAAUACAUACAAUAUAUUGAGUUAAAAUUAAAUAUUAUAAUACAAAUAAUUAUGGUAUUCUAGUAGCAUAUUAAAUGGUGAUUCAACAGCAGAACCUUAUGGCAUAAAAAAGGAGACUUGAAGAGAACUUAAGGAUAAUAAAGAUAACAAAUCAUCAAGAGAUCUGAUGACAUGGAGUAUGGACCUCAGUCAUCAAAGAAACUUAAUCAAAGAUAAUAAAUAUCACAUGCUCCGUCAUGAGCUCUAGUAACAUGUAAAAUAAUCAGUCAUUAAAGAAACCUAGUGAUAUUUAAGAGGAUCAUUCAGCAAGGUUGCUAGUGUGUAAAAGGGUGAUUUAAAAAAGGCUACAUGUAGAUGACUUGGAUGAGACAUUAAGGAAUGCAUGCUCAUGACUGUAUGGACCUAGAAUGAUGAACCUACAUAAACUAGUAUUAUGCAGAUAUGAUAUGAUAAUGUCUGACAUUUGUUUUAGGAUGAUGGUACAAAAGUAAAUAAAGCUUUACAAAACUUUAUAUUAAGUCAACAGGGGUCCUUGUGAUGUGUGAGUACAGUCACGGGAGGAUGUUUGUGACUUGUAGGAAUAGCUAGUAUUUUUGUUAAAAUAUUUAUGACAUCAAAGAAGAUCCAUGUGGAUAUUGAGAGACACAAACAAGUUAGUCAAGCAUUAUUGUUACAAAUGCCAGUAUGAUGGUGAAUAAAUUAUAAACUGUGCAAUAUCAUGAAUUUGGUACAUUCAAGUUUAUUAUAAAUGACACAUAUAAAUGCAAAUUAUGUUAUAAGUCAUUGAUAUAAUGUGUGAUAUGAGAAUCACUUUAAAGUUGUACUUUUGCUAUCAACUUUGGUAAUAACCUUGUAUGUUUUGUUUCGUUUUUAAUCAAAAAGUAUCAUGACCAUUUUUGUAUUGUAAUUGUUAAUGUCAGGAUCAGAAACAGAUAUAGCCACUAGUCUUCUUGAGUAACCUACCUCUCAUUUCUUGACCUGCCCAAUUUAUGACCAUAAUUGUCUAAACAGGAUUCUUAUUUACAGAACUAAAAAUAUUCUUUUUAGAAUGAAUGUUGGUAUAGACAUUUGUAUGAGAGCUUGUGUUUAUUUUAAGGUCCAUUCAUUUGUUUGUUUUUAAACUCCAAUACAUGAGAAUUUUAUUUUUCUAUUUAUAAAAGUCAAUAAGUUUGUAAAAUUGUUAGUGUCCAAUAUAAUUUAGCUGUGUUAGAAGGAGUCUCCAUCAUGGGUGUGUAAUUACAACUUAAACAACUUUUUUUCUGACUUUCCAAGUUACUGCACAAAUGUUUUUAUUCAAAUUCCUGUCAUCAGUUGUGCUUAGUCUACUGUAUUUAAUUAAUAUUACUUUUCAUCAUAAUGACCAUGAAAGACCUAAAAAAUCUGCCAAAUUUAUACCCAUGAUCUGAAAUUACCAUAAAUAAAUUUUUAUCAGGUACAUAUUAUGUACACAACUCUGUAAAUAUAUUUCCAACAUUAAACAUUACCAACUUU